CAACCUGCCUACCUCUGCUCAUCGUCUCUCUUUUUUUGCUGCAUUCCUACGAAGGAACUCGGAGACGAUAUUCCUCCUGAUUUAGAAAUGGCACAAGCCACCACCAGCAAUGGCAGCAGCCUUUUCAUGGCUCUCACUCUCAUAUGCGUCAUGGUGGUGGUUGCACAAGGCAACGACGGCGGUAAGGCGGCUGCAGACUCAAGGCUGUGGCCUGUCGGCGACGGUGCCGGCUGGAGCGUCGGCGUCCUUGGAUGGCCUAAUUACAAGCCCUUCAAGGCCGGCGACGUGCUCUUGUUCAGUUACAAGCAUGGCGCCCACAACGUUGUGCAGGUGAACACCGUGGCGCAGUACAGCAUGUGCGAGGUGCCCCGCAACGCCACGGUCUGGAGUUCCGGGAACGACCGCAUCACACUUGCCCGUGGCAUGUCCUUCUUCGUCUGCGGCAUCCCCGGACACUGCCAGAAAGGCAUGAAGAUCGCUGUGACGGCAAGAUAGACAGCAUACAGAUUCAGUCAUCGAGGCCGGACCGGGUCCUCGAUCAUAAGUAACUUUUAAGUCGCAGUCAAUUUUUAAUUUAAUUUGUUUAAUGUAAGCGGUGGCAUGCUGAUGCAUCAGUUGCAAUUAAAAAAGCCAUUCUGAAAAAAAUCAAACAUCUUCUGGACGAACUAUUAUUCCUAGUUGGAAAAUUCCAUUGUGAAAAGGCCUGAGCUUCAGGCAACCCCUACGAUAGUCGCGAAAUCCCACUGCCAUGACUUUGGCUGCAUGUGAAGAUCACAUAGAGCAGUCACAUACAGCAUCGAUGAAAUUCUGGUCUUGCAUGGCAGCAGGUUUCCGGGUUUUAGAAGCCAGAAAAAUAGACCCGGCCAGGUCACUAUCCUGAGCGACACAUCGUGUUUCUGCUGUAUCCACCCCUCAGCUCUAUUUCUCCAUUAUUGCAAGGAAAUAAAAGGAGCCUUGUAAUAAAAGGAGACCAAAACACAAAACGUAGAGUAGCUAUAGCCUAUAGGCGACUAUUUCCUUGUAUAUAACUCUCUUUUUUAGUUUAUACAAAUUGAUCUCACUAGGGGGGUUGCUUUCUCUUUGUAUCCCGUCAAAAAUACUCCACCCAAAUGGUGUCGUAGUGAUGAGGACAUCAUAGGCUCAGAUAUGACCUUGUUAACCACUUCAAAACUAAAGGUGAAAGCAUUCCAUGUGAGCUUUAUAUUUGGUAGAUUUUAUGGAUUGAUGUUGCACCUUAAAGUUUGUACAUUUUCCUUUUCAGAAUUGCUUACAUGGAUCAAUGGAAGGUUUGAUUGCAUAGUGAAAAUAUGGAAGGAAAAUGAAGUAGAUUGGGGACCAAGUGCAAGUGUUCCUAACGUCCUCCAUCAGGCUACCAGUCACUUUUGGUGCAAGGAAUUAAAGAGUCCAAGUCCAACACGUCCUGGAGUUGGAUUCGGACUGCAGGAGCUGUCUGCACCAAAAACGACACCCAAGUCACAAAUGGACUUCGUUUUGGGCGUUCCACAUAUGGAUGGAAAGAUAAGGAGAUAAGCUUUCCAAUGGCCCCAGUCCCAUGCCUAAAUUCAUAAGGAGUUGACAGUAAUUACCAGAAGAAGUCACCAUACAGAAUCUGUCAAUUGCUGCACUGUCGUCAAUUGUAGGCCCAUGGGCCGUGUAUCAUGUGGGGCCCGAUAGGGGUGCGUCCUAGGGUUGUGGACGACCCACACCAUGUCCAGGUCUUCCCCUACCCUCUCAUAUACCUCCAUAGCCACCACAAAGAGAUUGGGUUUUGUUUUCGUCGAGUUAGCCAUUGCUAUCGCCUUUCA